AUGACACCACAUCCUCCCAAAGUUCUCGCGGGAAUACUCAACACAGAAUCUGAGCGUGCUUGGGAAGAUACCAAGGAUCGGACCGACCUUAUUUUAACACAAAGAUUCCCUAAGAAAACGUACCUCGAUGCUCCCAACGUCGUCGUUGCACUAAAGCAUUUUGACCUCGGCAUGGGCGGUAAAGCCAUCGGCGUCAAAGCAGCUACCGACUGCAUUGAGAGAGACCACUUCAAUACCCGCCUCAGUGUCUGGGGAGAUGGUGCAAUGUCCUCUUCUGGCUGCGCCUGGAUGGCAUACCAGGCCACAGACAAGAGGUUUCGUUCCGGCACGGUUAGAACGUCACGCCGCUCCAAAAUGCCCUCGGAGUUUCCGAUCGAGUUUGAGACACCCUUCGAAGGUGAUCCGACAGUCCUUGUGUGGAUCAGUGGCUUCCAAAUGGGCUUGGGGGCUACUUGGGAGAUGAAGGCGCAUGCCAUAAAGAUCGAGAAGACUAGCUUCACCUUGGUAGUCGAGAAGGGGAUCCAGACAAACCUGCACCAAGGCCUGUUCUCAUGGCUCGCUUUCAUGCCGGGAGAAGGCGUUGCCGGUGGGAGCGUUGAAGAUAUCAAAAUAGGUGGUGGAGAGGGUACGGCUGCUGCGGAUGGCAGUUACGUUUGGACUGAUCCAAAGGAAAUCUCAUUUGGGAAGACAUUGAAUGGGGUGACCAAGGACAAUGUCAUGGUGGGGAUAUCCGCCAUUAAAUUCGAGCGUGCGGCGAUGAGGUUGUGUUAUAAGCAUGUAGAGAUCAAUGAUGAUAUGAAUGGCAUGAAACUUACAUCGGGUACUUGGUGGGGGUCCGUCGUACGCUCUGCUACAAUGUCAUGGGUUGCGGUGGUUUGA